GACUGGGCACAUGGCCAUGGUAAGGAGUGAAGGUGCAGUUUGCUGCGCGCACUAUGUGGAGCGUAAGAAGCGCCGCUGUAAGAUGACGCCCCUGAAGAACAGCACCUACUGUGCAGGACACGCCUCACUCUACACUGAGGAACUGUCAGAUAGGGUGCCCUGUCCCCUGGAUCCCGCACACUUCAUCAGCGCUGCUAAGCUACAACAGCAUGUUAAAGUGUGCAAUGCCCUUAAGUUCGACUACACUUCAGAACCUUACUUUAAAGCUAACGUUAACCUACCCCCUCCGCACGCAAUCCAGGAUUUAAGGAGAGAGCCCUUAUCUAAACUUUCUAUACAGCAACUAAUUGGAACGUGUUUGAAGCUUCUUGAGUACGGAGUGGAGAGUAAAGUGUGUAAGACAGAAACUACGGAAACUGUUACUGAUCUAGAGCAAUACAGACCCUUGUUCCAGAUAGGGACUAAUGCGGGCAACUCAGCGGUCAGGCAUGCUACUCAACAAGUAGCCUUGUUGAACGCUCUCUCUAACUUUCAAGUGCACAAUGGUGCUGACACUAAGUUUCCUGACACGUGUUUUGUAGAGCUGGGAGCCGGGUCUGGUAAACUUAGUCAGUGGUUUCACUACAAAGCUAAUCAUUGCUUCUUUCUUCUUGUGGAUAAACAGACUUGUCGCAGAAAGGCCGACAGUUACUUCAGAAAACAGAAGUGUAAUUUUAUUCGACUAAAAAUGGACAUAAAAGACAUAGAUGUGAGCGGAGUACCAGGACUGGGAGAUUACAAGAGAGUCUGCUUCGCUUGUAAGCACUUGUGUGGUGGUGCAACAGACCUAGCACUUGUUGCCGCGGCGCAGUCAGGUCAGCACACCGAGACUACCGUUCUCAUAGCCCUGUGUUGCCAUCAUCUGUGUUCCUGGGACUCAUACUCGGGGAAGGACUACUUCAUUACACAUUUCAAACCUGAGGAAUUCUACACGCUGUCCUCGCUUUCAGCUUGGGCUACCUGCUUCAAACUCGAAACGUUGCAGGUAGAUAAUCAAAAGGUUCUGAACGAACUGAUAGAAUCAUUCCAGAAACACCCUGAAUCUAACAUUAUACAAGAACAUCUGGUUUUGGAUAGGACCUUGCAAUGGCACAUCGGUAGAUGUGCUAAGAAUGCUUUAAACGACGGAAGAGCUCAAUUUAUGUUAAACAGUGGAUUCAGAGUGCAGUUUUCUAAAUAUGUUAACAUUGAUAUAUCUCCUGAAAAUACUGCGCUCUUGUGUUUCAAGGACGUCGCUUCUUAAACAAUUAAUCCUGGUGCUACAAUACGAUACGUUUUAUUGUCAUUCAAUGACGGAAGUGAUAGUUUUCGACUCAAAUUUCAGUUACAUACCGUACCCUUAGAACGGAAGUAAAAUUAUAAGUACUAUCAAUGGAACGCGCGAGUACAAAUUGAUUAUGCGGACAGUGACUUUAAGGUGUUCAGUGAGCUAAGAUUCUCGCGUCACGUGCGCGGCUUCCCUACUU